CAGACACCACACCCUGCAUCUGUGACCUAUUCAAGAGAGCUCACAGACUCUGCCAAACAUUUUCCCUGAGGAAAUUUGUCAGCUGUUUUCUGCAAACAGCUCUCUUUCCCACUACAAAGCUACACCAUGUCUUACUUGGCACCUAUCCUCGAAAUUGGUGGAAAAGGAGGUACCGCAUUUGAUUUCAAUGGGAUUGACUGUGGAGCAACGCUGGAAAAGAUAGGUGCGUGGGCAGGAGGCUGGCAGAUAAGGUCCAUCAAGGUUUGGUUCACCAAUGGCCAGUCCAUGCAGUAUGGAGAUACUGGUGAUGGGCCUUACUCUGAAUACACAUUUAAACCAGGAGAACAUAUCACCUCUCUUUCACUGUGGGGGAACGGAGCUGGAACCCGUCUAGGUGCCAUCAGGUUUACGACAACUCGUGACAGUACCUUUUUUGCAAAGAUGACUUCAUGGAGCCUGAAGAAAGAGUACCCAGUUGACAUCGGCUCUGGCGUCUGCAUUGGCAUUGUUGGAAGAUCAGGCGCAGACAUCGACAGCUUAGGGUUCAGGUUCAUCAACACCAUCAAGUCCACUGUCCUUACCAACAUCAAUUAUCCCACCCUUCACAAUGUCAUUCCUCAGGUGGCUACUGAGGAACUCAAAUCUACGUCUUAUGAAAAUGACACUAGUGUUACUCAGCAGUAUACACUAGAAACUUCAAAGAAAGUCAUCAAAAUGUCCUCCUGGUCUGUGACCAACAAGAUAGAAUCAACCUUCAACGUGUCGGUGAAAGCAGGAAUUCCAGAGGUGGCAAGAAUUGACAGUGGAUUUAGCUUCACAGAGGGAUUCCAAUCUACAUACUCUUUGGAGUAUUCUGAGGAAAAGGAGGAGAAGCUGUCUUUUCCUGUCCAAGUUCCUCCUGGAAAAACAGUGGAUGUGAAGAUCACCAUCGGCCGGGCUGCUGUAGAUCUUCCAUAUACGGGUACAGUGAAGAUCACCUGUUAUGAUGACUCUGUGCUGAAGUUCAACAUCAGUGGAAUCUACAAUGGCCUCACUUACACCAAUGCACAUGUACACGUAAGAGAACAUAAUGAAGCCUAGUCAGGUUUCCCCAGCAACUUAAAGAGAGAGAUUUAAAUGAGGGGAAAAAUCAGAAUAAUUAAGCUCUUUCUUUUCUUUCUGAUACAUUCUACUGUAUAGUAUAAUAUAUUUUCUUUGCUAGAUUUGCUAGAUUGAUCAAUGAAGGCUGUUGCUUGGUGACUAAUUAGAAUAAUGUAGCUUAUAACAGCCUGUAACCAUUCAGCAAAAUCCAGACACUUGCGGAUAAAACUGAUAAGAUUGGUUUUAUUAACUCUAGGCAAAAACGUAGUCAAAAUACAGGCGUGGGUCAAAACCGAGAAAUGCAAAAGGAUCACGAAAGUGAUCAUAACACAAGGCGAACAAAACAAAAGGGCAAGACAAAAGACAAGGUCAAAAAGGCAGGCAAAAAUAUUCAAAACACAAAUCCAAAAUCCAGGCAACAGUACAAAAAGGAACAGGCAAAAGGCAGAGUCAAAAACUAAGCAAUGGUCAGAAAUAACACUCAGUAUGUUCACAGGGAAGCAAUACCUCGCACUGAUACUAGCUAAAGCCCGGGCUUAUAUACUACUCUAACCAGAUCACAUGACAUAGGCACACAGGUGAAACCAGUCAAUACUCAGGAGAUUGAGAUCUCUGAUAGGUGUGUGAGAACUUGUCAUAUGAUCCCUGCUUGACUUGUGGGUAAUGGAGUCCACUUCGGACUCCGAUUCCGAAGGGAAGUUCGAAGUUACGUGAUCUCCCAAAGGAGCUUGGGAAAUGAAGUCCGUUUCAGUCUGGGAGUUUGUACAAGGUGUGACACAGCCUUAAUAUCAGCAGGUAAAAAAUAAGACAAAAAAGCUUUUUGUUGUUUUUUUAAACAUUUAUUUGUAGUGGAACUUUUUUGUUUGAUUGAUUGAUUUAUUAGCGUUCAUUACUCAUUCAUGAAUUUCACUUUCUGCAUCACUUGUUGAAAGUAUUAAAUACUGUGUAUGUGUCUUUGCAUUAGAUUGUAAUUUUACAGCAAGAUUUUCCUCAAAAAAAAUGAUAUUUUCACUUUAAUUCACUCGAUCAUUUAUGUGGAAAAUAACACAUACACACACUUCAGCUCUGUUCUGUGUGAGAUGAACAAAACAUGUUAAAAUAAUAAAUAAUAAAAUCAAUCCUACUAAUA